AUGGUAUCUACUCUUUUGGCAUACUGGAUCCCUAAUGCGGGUCAGCUAAUAUUUGUUCUCUUUGGAAGAUCGCCUGCAAAUCCGCCCUUUCAUAAUUUUGUAAGCUCUCUUGUCGAGAAGGCAAACGUAAUAGCAAUUUCAGUUGAUUAUAGACUUGCCCUUGAAAAUCCUCUUCCAAUUGCAUUUGAUGAUUCAUGGGAAGCAUUUCAAUGGCUGAUAUCACAUGUCAAUGGCAAAGGAUCAGAUCAAUGGAUAAAUGAAUAUGCCUAUUUUGGCCGGGUUUUCUUGGGUGGAGAGAGUGCCGGAGCCAAUAUUGCAAACGAUGUAGCAAUCGGUGCUGGGGAAAAUAAACUUCAAGGAGCUGAAAUUGUUGUGCUUUUUUUGAUUCAUCCAUUUUUCGGUGGCAAGGAAGAAGAUAAACUGUACAAAAAAGAGCCAUCAUGUGAACGUGACACCAACAGAAAAUUGCUAAGGGACUACUCACACCAAGUCAAAGUUUCAUUUUAA